GGGCGGCCGCCGGCGCGGCCUCACAUGACUGCCGCCGCGAUGGACGGCGAGCCGCCCGCGGGCGCCGGCACAGGCCUGUGACACUCCUGAUGCAGAUAAUGCUUGUAAAUAAAUUAUUUUGGAAUAUUUCUGUCCAGGACUGAUGUAAGAUAUUGGGAUAUUGAGCAGCAGCCUUUGUGGAAAAAAAAAUGUCCUACUGUAUCAAAGAGAGAGCUUGUUCAGAUUUGGCAAAGCCUCCAGUAAAUGAACCGAGGGAACCGGAACAGUUUCUAAUGCAGGCGCCUCAGGGAAAUCCACUGCUGCUUUCCCACACCCUACAAGAGCUAUUGAGCAAGGAUAGUGUUCAGGUAGAGCUUAUACCUGAGAAGAAGGGCCUUUUUCUGAAACACGUGGAAUAUGAGGUUUCCAGCAAGCGAUUCAAAUGCUCAGUCUACAGGCGAUAUAAUGAUUUUGUGGUGUUCCAUGAGAUGCUGCUUCAGAAGUUUCCAUAUCGUAUGGUGCCAGCACUUCCACCAAAGAGGAUGCUGGGAGCUGACCGAGAAUUCAUAGAAUCUAGAAGGAGGGCUCUGAAGCGUUUUAUAAAUUUGGUGGCACGGCAUCCUCCUUUUUCAGAAGAUGUGCUCUUGAAGCUCUUUCUGUCCUUCAGCGGCUCAGAUGUGCAAAAUAAGCUAAGAGAGUUGGUCCAAGGAGUGGGAGAUGAAUUCAUGACUUGCAGACUAGCUACGCAAGCCAAGGACUUCCUUCCAGCUGACAUACAGGCCCAGUUUGCUGCCAGCAGGGAGCUCAUCAGAAAUAUUUAUAAUAGCUUUUAUAAGCUUCGGGACCGUGCAGAGAGGAUAGCUUCUCGAGCUAUUGAUAAUGCCUCAGAUCUUCUCAUAUUUGGAAAGGAACUAAGUGCUUUGGGCUCAGACACUACACCGCUUCCUUCCUGGGCUGCUUUGAACAACAGCACGUGGGGGACUCUGAAACAAGCCUUGAAGGGUCUGUCUGUCGAAUUUGCCCUUCUGGCAGAUAAAGCUGUGCAGCAGGGUAAACAGGAAGAGAAUGAUGUGGUGGAGAAGCUGAACCUUUUCCUGGAUUUACUCCAGUCCUAUAAAGACCUGUGUGAAAGACAUGAGAAGGGGGUAUUGCACAAGCACCAGCGAGCAUUGCAUAAGUACAGCAUGAUGAAGAAGCAGAUGAUGAGUGCCACUGUGCAGAACAAGGAACCAGAAUCUGUGGAACAGUUGGAGUCUCGGAUUGUGGAGCAAGAAAAUGCCAUCUUAACCAUGGAGCUGCGGAAUUACUUUUCUUUGUAUUGCCUGCAUCAGGAGACACAGCUCAUCCAUAUCUAUCUGCCUCUCACGUCUCACAUCUUGGGGGCCUUUGUCAACUCCCAGAUCCAGGGUCACAAAGAGAUGAGUAAAGUUUGGAAUGAACUGAAGCCGAAGUUGAGCUGCCUCUUCGUGGGAUCUAGCAAUAUGCCAACUCCACCAUUGUCACCUCCAGAGGGAAACUUCUUCUCCAAUUAAUGCUCUGAGCAUCUAGGAAGGAGCAAGAAGUGCAGUCAAGGGAGGGGUGGGAUCUCUACCUCCAGAUGUUAGAAUGACUCCUCCAAACAGCUAUUUUUUUUUAUACUGCUGCUUUGAGCUGCUCUCUGAAUUAGACAGACUGAAUAUAGGGCAGAAUAUACAAAUAUAAAGACAAUCUCUUAAUUUUGAAGUGCUUUAUGGCAGGUCUUGAAUUCAUUGCCCUGCAGACACUCUCCACAGCAUCAGGAUGUGACUGGUGUAGUGAGUGCUGCAGUCUUGUUACUGAUGCCUCUGCAUCUUGUACGAACAGUCCUCCAAUAAUAUUUAUCUGCACAUAUGCUGACAAACAUCUGGGGUGCUGAGAUGAACAGGGUAUCUGAAGUCCUUGCUUACAGAAGAGGUAUGGAUUGCCUUUUAAGCUUGGGAGGACGUAUGUUAGAGGUAUAUGUGCAUAAGGAAAGCUGAAGACUAUUCCCAGUCCCAUUGGUAGGUGUCUGGAUUUUUUAUUGCUAGACCUUAAAGCAAAAUACAUGAUCAUACUGGUUGGAUUCACUAAUCUUGCUGGGUCAGAGUCAAUGCUGCUGUGAGGCAGCAAUUUCCCAUUGAGCCUAAUCAGACUAUAUGUGAAUGUGAUUCAGUUCACAGUUGCAGGGCAGCCUAGGGACUUGCUUAUAUUUUUCAGUUUGGGGCCAAAGAUGACUGGUUUCAGGAGCUCAGAGGAGUUUGUCUUGCAUAAAUGAGAAAAUAAUUGAUUAAAACAUUCCAUAAUUGUACACCACUUAUACAAGCAGUACAGCUACAGGUUAGCUCGUUUAUUUUCUUCUGGAGGUUCUGACUGUUGAGUAGUUGUUUAGGACUAUUGAAGAGCAGCUAACUCAAAGGCUGGUGUUUCCUCUGGUAAAGAUGGGAUAUCCUGUUACACUCAGGCUAGGACACAAUACUGAUAAAAUUCAUUAGCAAAAACCCAGUAGUUACCAUGAUGUUACUGUUCUCUUCUCUGGCUCUGGAUAGUAUUGGAGUGCAUUUUGUGAAGGAGAGAAGACAACUGAAGAGGUAGUUCUUUAUCUCUCUAAGAAUAGCAUUGUCGUUGGUAAUGGGGUUUUCAAAACGAUUUCUGAUUGUGAUAAAGGGAGUGAACAUUUUCCAUGUCUCACUUUAAAUCUCUGGUGACUUUCCCUCAUGAGGCACAGAGUAGGGAGGCGAGAAUUCCCAUAUCAUCUAUUAUCUUAGGAGAAAUUGUGUAUGUUCUCUAGAGAAAGUGAUAAGCGAAGAAACUGCAAAUGUAUACAGCAAAACUAUGUGAACAGGGCUCCCCUGAAUGUAACUCCUCUGGGGCCAAAUGAGCUGCCAAAGGGGAAUUCGAGACUUGGCUUUUUAGCAUUUGUUUUGAGUGGGUAAAAAGGAAGAACAUCAACAAGGAUGAGUGCUCGCUGUCAAACUGGAACAGUAUUUUCUCACUGGGGAACUUCCCCAUUAGCAGGAUAGAUAUUUAAAUACUCCAAUCACAAAAGGUUUAUUUUUUUUCUUUAAUUUAGAAAAACUCAGUACAACUUGAAAAGCCUCCUAAUCCAGGUGGAAAUUAUGGGUUAGUUUCUUCAGCUAGGAGCUAGAUAGUAAGUUAUUUCCCGAGGUUCAUGAGCCAGGCAUAACCACACCCUAUGUGUGCCUUUGAGCCAGUCCUCACUGUCCACUUUUUUUUUUUUACCAUAUUUUUUUUAAACACUUCACUCCUAGCAUCUUUAUAACAUGCCAGCUGGUUAUGGCCAGUUGCUUAUAUAGUCUUAGUACCCAUCCUCCCUUAAUAAGUCUCUUUUUGCCUAAUGAAUAGUGUUGAAUAGUGUAAUUAAGAAAACACUGCAUGUGUGGGGGGAAGAUCUGAUAUCUUAUAUGAUGGAUCUUCUAUGUAUGUUGACUGGCUGGUGUAAAAAACUAGGGGUAUGUUCUGUGGGAGCACUUGCAAAGUAUUAGUCUGAAAGAAACAUUGCACUUUUCACAUUUAAAAGUAAGUUACAAUUUCAGACUUUACAUUAAAAAAAAAUAUAUAGACUUUGGACUAAUGAACUCCUCUUUCCUGUUCUCUUAAGGCAAGAAUACAAUAGUCCAAAGGUAGAGACUGUAACAACAUAGGUAGACCUCAUGACAUAUUAAAAAAAAACUGGAAUUACGCUGAGUAGAGAAAACAUCCGUUCCUCCAUUGUCAGCCAUUUGUUCCUUGAGGACAACAAGCUUUGUUUUGUGUAAUCACUCUGUUCACUUAGUAUUUUGAGAACAAAGGCCUACUCUUCUCAUAGCUGAUAAAGCUAAUAGAACUUUCAGAAUUUAUUUUGUACUGGACUGUUAAGCUUCUGUGACAUUUUUUAAACACAUACAUGUACUAUUUCAUACAAGUUUUAGUUUGCAACUUUAUUUUCGGGAGACCAGUCAGUGUGCAAAUAGCAAUAUAGUAUUUACUUCAAUGUGUGAGGUAGUUCCUCGCUGUGUAUGUCCCAUUUUAGCUUAGGGAUCUGUCAGUUUUGCAGCAAGCAUCAUCAAGUACAGCUUCCUUGCUCUAGAGGAAUGCAGCAGGGAUCAAGUUGACUUCAGUUCUUGGUCUACCUUAGUCACAAUGUAAACGGAACUAGUUACCUCCAUGUUAUUGCUUUCUACAGCAAAGAGCUUAGCAUCUAGCAAUAGUGAGAAAAUACUUCAUGAAGUUAUUAGUUCCAUUACUGGUAGCUAAGUAGAUUGCAAUAAACACUAAGCAAACCAGAAGUCUAGCUGAAGAAUGUGUGCUGCCUAUCCAUGAACUGAUGCUUCUCUUAAGACUUAGCGCCAAAGAGUUAAUGUGCCUUCUUGAAUGGAAGCUUUCUGUGUAUGUCUUGACCUCAUAGUGCUUUCCAUGUGUUUGAAAUGGUAAUGACAGAAAAGGCCUCCCAGCAUUCUGUCAGUGUCUGUCUAAUCUGUCAUGGAAGUACCAGGUUAGUAAACAGCUGAGAGCCUGAAACUUCACCUGAAAAGCAUCUUUCAAAAGGGCUACAGGUUUUCCUCACUUCUAAGUUUACCUCUGCUUCAAGCUGUUGAUGUGGUAACACACAGUCUUUCUGGCCAAUAUGGAAGAGUUUUCUGAUGUUGAGUGGCUUGAAUGGCUUUUCACCUUACUGGAUUUACAAUACAACCUUGAUCUCUGAUGCAUCUCUUACUUCUUUCCCCCUCCUUCCAUGUUCUUUUAAGCUGCUGAUGGUAGUGUGUUUUAAACAGUGUCUUGCUGCAUUCCAGUGCUUUUACUCUUCUUUGAUCAUCCAAGGGUGUAAUUCCUGGAAUUUGUAAAAGACUAGUCCACAGUCCUCAGUUUGUGAUCUUUCCUAAAAGACAAAGAUCACCAGCUGGGUACAGAAUUUAUUUCAAACACAUCACUCCAAAACUGCAGCAGGAGCAAUAAAGUCACUCCUCUUCCAAAUGGUUAGGGUUAAAUUCAGUGCUGGUGAAAGCACCUUCAUAAAAGGACUGAAUUGGCUACAGAAUAUGGGAUGGCAUUUGCUUUUUCCCUCCUGAACUCAUGGAGAAAGACAAAGCAAUUUGCACUGUCUGACCUUGCAAUUUACCAUUUCCACCAAGAAAUAAAUCAAGAUUACAAAGCAGAUGUUAGCUGCCAGACUCUUAUUCCUACUAUGUAGUAAUGUUAAAACAUUCUGUUACAAGCUUCCUAUCCCUGUGUGCUUAUUUUCUUUCCUCUACUUGCCUCAAGCUAUUCUCUCCAUUAGAAUAACCACACACCCCUACUGGGUAGCUGUGUCAGAAGCAGAGGUGAGUAUUAAAACCCCUGUAAAUAACUCAGUGUGCAACACAAAAGGAAAAGGUAAGACUAUAAGAUGUUAACUCUGAUUCUCUAACUUCUAGCUGUGGCUUACUGAGCAUAUGAAGAACAUUUUUGAGUGGUAUAAAUUAUUCAAAACUGCUGGAGGGAGACAAGAAGGAACAAUCUUGUUCGGAGGGUGUGAAAUUUGCUUGCCAGGAAUAUCCUGUAACUUUGCUUUGCUCAAAUAGCCUUAUGUAUGAAGCACUUUAUCCAAAUGCAGGAAUUAAAGAACUAUUACAACAGCUGGUAGACUGGAAAUGUUUACAAAUCCUAUAUUACAUUCCAAGAUUCUAUCUGUAAGUGUUAAAUGUGUUUGUAAAAGUGUUUAAAAAAAUAACAACUUAUAUAAGUUA